AUGGACGACCAGGAUAAGACCAUGGAAGAAACACAGUUCAACUGUAUGGAGUGUUCGAAGCCGGAUGACCACCAAACAAUGGUAGCCUGUGAUACAUGUCACGGCUGGUGGCAUUUCUCCUGUGUGGGUGUCGAUUCGUCGGUUAAGAAUCGCCCAUGGUCGUGCCAAGCCUGUCGGCUGAAAUCACAAAACCGGUCUUCAUCGCAGUCCGGUAAAUCCGGCAAAUCGACAGCAAGCCAGAUCAACCUGAAAAUGCGGAAGCUAGAAGAAGAGCAGAUGUUAAAUCUAAACAUUCUAGCUGAGAAAGAGAAGGUCCAUAAAGAAUUCAUCGGCAAAAAGUAUGCUCUUUUGGCGGAAGAAGCAGUAGCAGGCGAAGAAGAGGACGGAAGUGUACGAAGCUAUCAUAGUUCCCGAAACGUGGUUCAGCAGUGGUUGAAAGAUCAUCCGAGUACGCAGAUGCAAGCGAACGUGGCAGGAAGUGCCCCAGUUACAUCUGGCAAUGAGGUAGCGGUCAAUCAACGCACAGUGAACGAAACAACGGCAACUUUGUUGAGCGAUUUACACACCACCUCUCAGGAUGCUCCAAAGUCUUUGCCAACAGAAACUCCAGUCCGAGCCUACACGGGAACUGUCCCAAAGAAUGUACCAGCCCAGCCGACCGUUGCCUUGUACCCUGCUGUCCGAUCAACGCCGGUGAAUACGUCGAUGAGUAUGUGUGCUCCGUUAGUUGGGCACUACCAAGCUGCAAUUAGUAACUCGAAUCCGAUGUCUACAAUGUAUCCGACAUCAUUCGGCCCACGAAUGUCUUCUACCGUGCAGGAACCAAUAACAUCCGGAAUAGGUUUGAGUCAACCUACACUACCGUGGAUGACUAAGCAUCGGCAUGAUCAGUGUCAUCAAGUACCUCUACCCUCAUCCUCAGGUGCUGGAAGCACAAAUCGAAACGACCAACCUUGGCAGUAUCCAGUCAGCAGUGUACCGAACAGCAACCCUUAUCGGCCAUCAACAUCCGAGCAAUACAACCAACCAAUGUACCCCCUGCUUUCUAAAUGGAUCGAUGGGCCGCAACCAGCUGGUGAGGCGGUUCCAGUAGUUGGUCCUUCUGCCAGAAUUGAUCAUCAAAUCGCAACUGGGCAUGGAAGACCGGAAGAAACAGCUAGGUCGUGGAACAGAUUCCAGCAUCAGAUCACCGCAAGGCAGGCAGCUCAUAAAGAAUUGCCGAUUUUCUCUGGCGAACCCGAAGAGUGGCCGCUGUUCAUCUGUAGCUACCGGAACUCGACGGAAAUGUGUGACUAUACCGACGCAGAGAAUUUGUUGCGCCUACAAAGGUGCCUGCGGGGCAACGCAUUGGAAGCGGUGAGGAGUAACUUGAUGGAGCCGGCAUCCGUUCCCGUGGUGAUCUCUACGCUAGAGCAAUUAUUUGGAAAUCCUCAACGUAUAAUUGCUGCUCUACUCCAGAAAGUGCGGACCGCACCUUCACCGAAAACAGAUCGAUUGGAUUCACUGAUCCAGUUCGGCGUGAUGGUUCAGAAUUUAGUAGGACACAUGAAGUCAGCACAACUACACACGCAUCUGGCGAAUCCUACCCUGCUGCAGGAGCUGGUAGAGAAGUUGCCCGCGAAUCUUCAACUCGAUUGGGCACUGUUUUUAAACCGGGUAGACGAGCCAGAUCUGGGCGUGUUUAAUGAUUAUCUCUCCGUCUUAGUCAAAGCCGCCAGUAAAGUUACUUUCACAAAGAAUUUUCUAAGUAGACCUGCGAAGGCAGAUAGGAAGGAUCGAGAUAAAGCUUUCGUAAAUAUUCAUGCUCCAACAACGGAACCAAACUCGGAAAGAAAAGCUAUUGUGUAUGACCACCGUAAUGACCCCAAACCUUGCUUCGUUUGUGGUAGUAGCUCACAUAGAAUCCGAGACUGUACUAAAUUGAAAUCCUUGGCAAUUCAUGCACGAUGGCAAGUAGUCAUUGACAACAAGUUGUGCCAGCAAUGCCUCAUUCCUCACGGCAAAUGGUCGUGUAGAUCGAAAAGAAAAUGCGAUGUGAAUAGAUGCGGUAAAGACCAUCACCCACUUCUCCAUCCCGGACCGCCGGAAGAAACAGCUGUUGUAGCCAUUCACCAACAACUCCAGACGCCAGUUCUAUUCCGUAUCAUCCCUGUGGUUUUGUAUAAAGGAAAUCUGAGUAUCGAGACCCAUGCAUUCCUCGACGAGGGGUCAUCUACGACAUUAUUGGAAGAAUCCAUUGCAAGCAAGUUAGGCGUCGAUGGUGUUCAUGCUCCGUUGUGUUUACUCUGGACGGGAAAUGUUACGCGUAAAGAAAAUCGGUCACAGAAAGUGAGCCUCGAGAUUUCCGGUUGUGGCGGUGGAGCCCGUAUGUCUUUGAAGAAUGUACGCACUGUUGUAAACUUAGAACUACCCACGCAGUCGUUGGACUAUGAAAAGCUGGCAGAGAAUUUCCCGUAUCUUUCGAAGUUACCAGUACAGAGUUACCAGAAUGCAUCACCAAAGUUGCUCAUUGGUCUUGACAACUUUCAUGUGGCAGUUUCAUCCAAGGCACGCGAGGGCCGUGCUGAUCAGCCACUGGCUACGAAAUCGAGGCUCGGGUGGACGAUAUUUGGAAACGUUGGACCGAAAUCGUGCAGUUCAAUCCUAGCACCACAGCUGCACAUUUCGGAAUGCAAAUCUGAACCCGACCUACACGACUACGUUAAACGAUUCUUCACCGUGGAGAGCCUCGGAAUAUCCACUAUCCCAGCAGCGAAAUCUGAGGACGAACUUCGAGCAGUGGGUAUUUUGGAAGAGACUACGAUGCAGUUGGAUGACGGUCACUACGAAACAGCGUUAUUGUGGAAGUACGAUGAAGUGAAGCUCCCGCCCAGCUACGAUAUGGCCUUUGGAAGGCUACGUUGCUUAGAAAGGAGGCUAGCGAAAAAUCCGGACAUGAAGGCGAAUGUGAGUAUGCAAAUUGAUGAGUACCUACGGAAGGGCUAUGCCCACAAGGCUACGACUCAGGACUUGGAAACAAAUCCCGAUCGGGUGUGGUACCUGCCAUUAGGCGUCGUAAUUAAUCCGAAGAAGCCGAAGAAGACUCGUUUAAUUUGGGACGCCGCGGCAAAAUCCAACAACAUAUCGCUGAACGACAUGCUCCUGAAAGGCCCGGAUCUGCUGAUAGCGCUGCCAGCCGUUCUUUAUCGUUUCCGCCAGAAGCAGGUGUGCAUUACCGGUGAUAUCCGUGAAAUGUUUCACCAAAUCAGGAUACGCAGUCAGGAUCGCCAGGCCCAACGAUUUUUGUGGCGAAGGAACGUGGAGGAUAAACCUGAGGUGUACGUGAUGGACGUGGCGACGUUUGGCGCGACGUGUUCGCCCAGUUUAGCGCAAUACGUCAAAAACGUCAAUGCAAAGAGAUGGGAGCAGAAAUUCCCGGAAGCAGUAGAUGCCAUAGUAAAUAGCCAUUACAUGGAUGACUACGCAGCCAGUAGAGAUAGCGUCGAAGAAUUGGUCGAGCUCACGAAAUCGGUGCGUCAGAUACAUGCCUCGGGAGGAUUUGAGUUGCGGAACUUCCUGUCGAACUCUGAAGCAGUUCUGCGGCAGAUCGGAGAAGGCGUUCAAAGCGAAAUCAAGCAGUUUGCGGAAGAUAAGGAGAAUGAUUACGAGAGGGUGCUGGGUAUGACGUGGUUUCCGAAAACCGACGAGUUUGGCUACACAGUGGCACUUCGUGAAGACCUUAUGCAGCUGAUAACCGGUGAGAAGCCACUCACAAAGAGAAGCAUCCUGAAAUUUGUCAUGAGCCUGUUCGACCCUUUGGGAUUCAUGGCACACUUCCUUAUUCAAGGUAAAUUAAUCCUUCAGACUUUGUGGAGAAAAGCCAUUAUGUGGGAUGAGGUUGUCCCAACUGAUGUAGAAGUAGCCUGGGAAAGGUGGAUAAAGGUUUUCAAGAACAUCGGGCAAGUUAGAAUACCCCGUUGCUAUUUUCCGGACUAUGAUGUGGAGAGUUAUCGUUCUAUUCAGCUGCACGUAUUUGUGGACGGUAGUGAAAAUGCUUAUUCUGCAGUUGCUUAUUUUCGGAUCAUCGAUCGCGACCAGGUUCGGUGCUCGCUCAUAACCUCGAAGGCCAAGGUAGCCCCACUGAAGCCAAUGUCUAUUCCCCGCAUCGAACUGCAAGCCGCAGUUAUUGGAAGUCGGUUAAUUCAAACAGUUGAAAGUCUACACACUAUCCCAAUAGCGAAGAAGUUUUUGUGGACGGAUUCCUGCACGGUCCUCUCCUGGAUACAAUCCGAUGCUAGGAAGUUUCGUCAGUUUGUAGCAUUCCGGAUUGGAGAAAUACUCGAACACACCAGGCCAGAUCAGUGGCGCUGGGUGCCAACGAAACAAAAUGUUGCUGAUGAGGCGACGAAAUGGUUGAAUGGUCCUUCUUUGGAUUCCAAGAGCAGAUGGUUUAAGGGUCCAGGUUUUUUAUACUUAUCAGAGGAGCAGUGGCCGAAACAAUCGAAACACGUUGAAACGGUGGAAGAAAUUCGUCCAAUGCACCUCCAUAAAGAAAUCGUUUUUGAUUCGCCGAUCGCCUUCGAAAACUUUUCUAAGUGGGAAAGAUUAUUGAGAACUAUGUCGUACAUGUUCCAUUGGAGAAACAUCGUGCGUCACCGGAACAAAACCGCCGAGGGAUUAACCCAAGAAGACUUUCAGAGCGCAGAAAGAACGAUCUGGAACAUGGUCCAACGUGAGACUUAUCCCGACGAAAUGAUUCUACUGGGCGAAGCUGAGAUUCCGGAAAAGUCGUGCCGCAAAAUUGAGAAAAACAGCCCUAUUCGUAAACUGACACCAUUUCUCGACAAAUGGGGAGUCCUCCGUAUGCAAAGUCGAAUUGAGUUGUCACCGUGUGUUCCUUAUGACAUGAAAUACCCCAUAAUUUUGCCGAAAACUCAUCGAGUGACCCAGCUUCUUGUUGACUGGUACCAUCGAAAAUACGCACAUGGCAACAGCGAAACUAUUGUAAACGAGAUACGACAACGCUUUCACAUUUCAAACUUAAGGGCGGUAGUACAGCGAGCUGCAAAGAACUGUUGUUGGUGCAAAGUGUAUAAGGCGAGGCCUGAAGCUCCAAGAAUGGCACCAUUACCGGAAGACCGACUCACCGCAGGUGGGAAACCCUUCUCAGUAGUUGGCAUAGACUACUUCGGUCCUUACAAUAUAAAAAUCGGACGAUCCAGAGUGAAACGAUGGGUUGCACUGUUCACCUGUCUCGUAGUGAGAGCAGUGCAUCUAGAAGCAGUUACAUCCUUGUCCACCGAAUCGUGCAAGCUAGCCAUACGUCGAUUUAUCGCCCGGCGUGGUCCACCAGCAAAAAUCUACACGGACAAUGGAACAAAUUUCCUCGGCGCAAGCCGAGAACUAGAAGACCAGAUCGUAGCCAUCAACCAAGGACUUGCAUCAAUCUACACGGACGCCGAAACGCAAUGGUGCUUCAUUCCUCCCGUCACACCCCACAUGGGCGGAGCGUGGGAAAGGAUGGUGCGCUCGGUCAAAUCAGCCAUGUCCACUUUCCACGAAUCUCGAAGUCCAACAGAUGAAGUAUUUGCAACAGUACUCUGUGAAGUAGAGUCGAUUGUAAAUUCACGCCCACUAACUCAUCUUCCUCUGGAAACCUCCGAACAAGAAUCUCUGACACCAAAUCAUUUUUUGCUGUUGAACUCAAACGGGACGAAGAAAAUCGAAAAGGUGCCAACGGAUGAACGUGAAGCUCUUCGCAGCGGAUGGAACCAGUGUCAGCGGAUGGCGGAUCUGUUCUGGCAACGAUGGGUGAGGGAGUAUCUUCCUACCCUUACGCGUAGGACCAAGUGGCACGACGAUGUUAAGCCGAUUGCAGCAGGUGAUCUUGUUGUCAUUAUCGACGACGGGAUACGGAAUCGAUGGGUUCGUGGUCUUGUGUUGCAGACGAAGCCAGGUAGAGACGGCCGAGCGAGAAGUGCAUACGUGCAAACAAGUCAAGGCGUUCUGAAGAGACCAAUAGUAAAGCUAGCAGUUCUGGACGUGCAAGGAUCGGAUGAAGCCACGCCCCCUCAGUAG